AUGACCCUGUUCUUUACGGUGGAAUACAACUCAUGCGCAGAAGAGCAAGUGGUGGUGUAUGAGUGUGAGGCCUACAACUCUGAGGCCUGGACACACGAUACUAUAGAGCACGCAUCACCGGUGAAGCGUCAGGCCCGUAGCUCCCUGGUGUACCUAGUGUCUCUGCUGGGCAGUAUGGAUCACAGCUUCCACCACAGUCUGCUGCUGGAGAUCAGGGCCCUGACUGACAGAUACAACUCCAUCCUGGGAGGCUGUGCCAAAGACGUCUACAGGAUGAGUAACAGCUUCAGCUCCAUAGCCAGACUACUGGGGAGAAGACUGGAGACAGACACCACUAUCAACUGCAGGGUUGAAGAGGAAUCAGAAGGCCCUCCUUCCCCUUGUAUCUCAGAGGCCAGUGUGUGUGGAGGUGGGUCAGAGCAGCGACUGCAGGUGAAGAUCCAGGCGUUUGAGGAGAAGAUGGGGGAGGAGGGGGGAGAGGGGUCACCUACACCCCAACGCAGAAACAGCAUGGGACAAGCCGCUAGAGAGAAACACAGAGAGAUGAGGUUUAACAGGUCAAAGAGUCUGGCUCUGCAAGCCGUGAGGUCACGGUCCGUCAACUCUGACAGCGGACAGGAUGGAGAAGGGGUGGAGCUAACAUCUGACUCAUUCCUCUCAGAAUCCCCACCCAAUCACCAAACAGAAGCCUUAGACACCUCUCCCACUGAGAGGAAACUAACCAAUGAGAACUCCCUGUCUCCCUCCACCCCUCCGGCCACGCCCCGUGAGGAACAGAGGGAUCGACAGGGAGAGGGGGAAGGAGGGAGAGGAGGAGGACUAGGAGAGGGGACAGAGGACAAGCUGUACAGCCACCUGAGGGACAACAUGGAGAAGAUCAAAGAGUUUUGUUCUGAGAUGGUUCAACAGAUCCCCAUACCAGAACACUGUGUCAUAGAAGAGCUGACAGAGCUGACAGAGCUGACAGAGCUGACAGAGCUGACAGAGCUGACAGAGCUGAUAGAGCUGCCAGAGCUGACAGAGCUGACAAGCCUGAUAGAGCUGCCAGAGAAACUUCAGUGUGCCUUG